AUGAAGCUCAAGCAAUUAUUGAUAUUUUGUGUACUACUAGUACUACCCAAUAUUCAUGCCAACCAAGACGUGUCAUUUGUAAAGCAUUGGAAGGAUAUCUUACUAACUGAUGGGGAUAAUGGAUCCAUGUGCUAUUUAUCAGUUGAUGAAUGUACCAGAGCAGCACCGUAUAACAUAACAAAAAAAGUUAUUAAAACAUCAGUGAAUGCGUCCGAGAAAGAAUCUGUACCGGAAAAAAGUAUUGAAAGUUUCGAUGAAUGGACGAAAAAAAGAAGAGAUGCUGUAGCAAAUCAAAACGGACAACACCAGAAAACGGUAGAGCCAACUCCUGGAACGACUAUUCGACACGAUGAAGUUGUCAUUUCACUUCCCUCAAUUUCUCGUCCAGCCCGGAAUUUUGCUAGCCGAGAAUGUGGUGCAAAAGUGAUUGCAGCAAAUCUGGAAGCCGAGAAUGCGAAAGCUGUAGUAAACGAGAAAGACGUAGAUGAUUACAUGAGAAAUCCUUGUCAAUCAGCCAAAGAAAAGUUUAUAGUGAUCGAGUUGUGUGAGGCAAUACAAAUCAAGAAGUUCGCUAUUGGAAAUUUUGAGCUGUUCGCAUCAAGACCUAAAACAGUUCAUGUUUUCAUUUCGGAAAGAUACCCUCCUCUCACUAGUUGGGUAUCUUUGGGAACAUUUAAUCUUCAAGAUCAUCAUAAACAAUUGCAAACGUUUGAAGUGCCGAACACCAAUAUAUAUGCAAAAUAUAUUAGGAUAAAUCUUGAAGAUCACUAUGGAAAGGAACAUUACUGUAUUGUUUCGGUUGUCAAUGUUAUGGGAAGUACAUUAGCUGACGAAUACGAUAAAGAAGAAGCGGCUGCACAUUUGCUAAAUGUCAUCGAUGAGAAAAAAGAUGAACCUGUGACUACUCCUCCACCGUCAGAACAAAAAGUUCAGACACAGUUACCAGUUCCUCCGAAAUCGUCAAACCAAAAUAAUGCUAGUGGCGUUAAAGCAUUCAACUUCCGUCAGCUCAAAUCCAUCUGUUCUCAAUGCUCUGCUGGAAAAGUCUCAUAUUUGAUAUGUCACCUACUUCCUAGACAGUCGAAACCAAUCAAGCUAAACCCUACACCGAAGCCGUUUUCAGCUAAACCCCCGGUCACUGAAAACAAAAAUCUGACAGUUGAACUGGGGCUCUGGGCCGAACGGAGUAGACAAUCAAAUUUCGAACAAUCUAGAAGAAGAAAUAUGGCUACCAUUCAGAGGCUAUUAGAAAAGAAAAACGCAUUAGAACCCGAAACGUUUCCACCAUCGACAAUGACUUUCACAGAACCAUCUCUGUCUAAGAUUGAAAAUGGCGAAAAACCAGCAGAAAAAGUUGCAGUUCCAGAAGAAGCAAAAUCAUCAUCUCAACCUGCAGUUCAGCCUCCAUUCCAAGAACAACCACCACCGAAAUCAAAGACAGAACACAUUUUACCAGCUGGGGGAUCCACUAGUCAGAGAGAAAUGGUUUUGAUGAAGUUGAGCAAAAGGAUUGCAGCUGUUGAAAUGAAUUUGACAUUGAGUACAGAGUAUCUCUCGGAGCUUAGUAAACAAUACGUCUCUCAAAUGAGUGGUUACCAACAGGAGCUCAAAGAAACACGAAAAGCAUCGAGAAAAUCUUCUCAAACUGUAGAGGCAGUUAUGCAUUCGAAAAUAAACAAUGUGAAACGAGAACUUCGAGAUCUUCGUCAUUCAGUUUAUUUGUUGCAACAACUAGAGAAUAAUCGUUACAAAAACGCUCAAAACGAAAUGAGCAGGAAUGUAUUCAUGUCCUCUUGUCAUAUCAGUUCAAAUGUGCCUCCAAGUCCUACUCUCGCACGACUACCGUUAGUGAUCCCAUCGAUAAACAGCAAAUUUGAAAACUUUACGAAUUUCGAGGAAAGAGUGAAAAAAAUUUAUCAAACUGCUAAGUCUGUGAUGUUCGGAUCCAUAACAUGGAAUACUGAUCAUCUUAUCGUUGCAUUGAUCUCAUUCAAUGUCCUCGCGUUAUCAUUUUUGUUUGCCGGAGUAUUUUACAUUCAUAGACGAAACAAAGAAAGAUGCGAAGAAACACAAGUUAUUGUGAAGAACGAACUUCGAGCUCGAAUCGCAAAAAUCGGCGCGGACAAUCGAAAAAUGAUAUCUAAAGGAAUGCGUCGAGCUGAGCUUGCUGUUACCGCUGCUGUUUCGUCUGCUCUAAAAGUUGAAAAAACAUCUAGCAAUCGAAAAACAAUGACUGAACUGGAAACAGCGUUAGCAAACCUGUUUGCCGCUCAACAGAUACGAAUAGAAGAGCAGUUUGAACAAAAUCAAAAAAUUCUUCGAGAUGCCUUGACAACGGGACAACGAUCUAGUGCUGACGAUACGCUGAGUAUGGAAGGCAGCGAAAGUUCUUCAGAAACUGAACAAUCAAAAGAAGACACUCCUACUUUUAAUCAGGAUUAG